AUGACUGACUCUUAUGCUGUUCAAAAAUUCCUUAAAUACGUCACCAUAAAUAGUCAAAGCAAUGAUUCAACACAUGUUACUCCCUCAACACUCUGUCAAUUUGACAUGCAAAAACAACUUCAAGAUGAUUUAAAAGAAUUAAAUGUGCCAUUCAUUUUUGACGAAAAAAAUUGUAUUUUAAAGGCUGAAUUACCUGCAACAAAUGGUUCUAAACAAUCGAUUGGAUUCUUUGCACAUAUUGAUACUUCUCCAGAAGCUUCUGGAGAAGGUGUGAAACCAUUAAUUCAUCAAUUACCAACUGAAGUAACUUCUGAUUUAGUUUUACCUUCUGGAACAGUUAUUAGUAAAGAAGAUAUUAAAAAGUAUGGUGGAGAUGAAAUUAUCACAUCAUCUGGAGAUACAUUAUUAGGUGCUGAUGAUAAAUCUGGUGUUGCUAUUUUAAUGGGAACACUCCAUAAAAUUGUAAAAGAUAAUAUUCCACAUCCAAGAAUAAUGAUCAUUUUUACACCAGAUGAAGAAAUAGGAGAAAGUUGUGACCAUGUUUCUAUAGAGGAUCUUCAUCUUGACUAUGCCUAUUCAAUUGAUGGAGAUGAAUUAGGAACUUAUAACGAUGAAGGAUUUAAUGCAUUUGGAGCUGAAUUAACUAUUAAUGGAUAUGAAGUUCAUCCUGGAGAAGCCUAUAAUAUAAUGGAAGAUGCUGGAUUUAUUUUAUCUCAAUUUUAUACUAGCCUUCCAAUUAGUAAACGACCUGAAACAACAAAAGAAGAUGAAGGAUAUAUUCUUUGUACUGAAAUGAGUGGAUCUGUAAUAAAAGCACAUGCUCGUUUUAUAGUAAGAUCAUUCAAAGUUAAUGAAAUGGAAUUCUUUAUUCAGUUAAUGAAAGAUCAAAUUUCAUUCUUAAAAAGAAAAUAUACAAAAUCAUCUUUUGAUUUAAAAUUUACUGAACAAUAUCGUAAUAUGAAACGUUAUCUUCCAGAUAAUCUUCUUGUAGAUAAAUUAAUUCAAGCAAUGAAAUUAUCUGGGGUUGAAGCAAAGAAACAGUAUAUGAGAGGUGGUGCUGAUUGUUCACAUCUAAGUGAAAAAGGACUUCCUUGUAUUAAUAUGUUUGCUGGAGGAAUGAAUUUUCAUUCAAGAAGAGAAUUCAUUCCAGUAAAAGCAAUCAAUAAAGGAGUUGAAGUUAUUGGUCAUUUAGUUCAAUUAUUCUAA